UCUUUUUCUUUUUCCCAAAACUUCAAAGGAAAAAAAAAAUGCCCGUUUCCUGCUUCUGGGUAUUUUCUUGCCCUCAUCAUUUUGUUGCCCCCUAAAAGAGACACACAGAGGGAAGGAGCUUUUGGACGCAAAAGAGAGAAUGCUGAAUUCAAUGGAUUAGACGGAGGCGAAGGCAAAAAGGUGGGGUAAAAGAAUGGAAAUUGAAGAAAUGAAGGAAAGGGGGGAAUCCUUGAGCAAUCUAACUGUUGCUGUGGCUGUCAAUGGAACCAAAAACAGCAAGUAUGCACUCAAAUGGGCAUUGGAGAAGUUCAUCCCUGAGGGGAGAAUUUUUUUCAGGCUUAUAUAUGUCCAGCCCAAGAUCACAAUGGUCCCCACACCAAUGGGGAACUAUAUUCCCAUUUCAAAAGUGCGGGAUGAUAUCGCCUCGGCAUACAGGAAAGAUGUAGAAACACAGACCACUUCCAUGCUUCAACCCUACAAGAAAAUGUGUAAUCAGAGAAAGGUGGAAGCAGAAGCUGUGGUAAUUGAAGCAGAUGAUGUGGCAGAGGCUAUAUCAGCAGAGAUCGAUAAGUUUACAGUCAGCAAGCUUGUCAUAGGGGUUUCUUCCAGAAAUAUUUUUUCUAGGAAAUUGAAAGGCAGCAAAAUGUCUUCCAGAAUCUCGGGAUGCAUUCCAAACUUUUGCACGCUAUAUGUUGUUUCAAAAGGAGUACUAUCAUUUGUACAUGCGCCAUCAUCUUGUGAAAUUCAUAAUAAAGGGCUUGAAAGUACUUCAAGUAUUGUUUCUUGCAACAGUUUAAGCUGUUCUUCCAGUGGAAAAUCAGAAGGGAUGAACUCAGAGAUAUCAUCAAAUUUCUCUCUUACUCAAUCUCCUUCUCUUUCAAGUCAGAGAAACCAAGCACUUAAAGUUAUAAACCAGAACUUUGGUGAUGUUAUUGCAAGAUUUGGGGAUAAUCUUCAUGUUAGAACGCCAUCUGUGUCUACUGAUGAUAAUUUGAUGAGUUCCUCCUCUAAUACAUCCGAGAUGGAGCAUAUUAACAGCACCCAAACAGAUACAUGCUCAUGGAAUUCUGGUCAGGCCUCAACAUCAGAUAUUGCAAAGAACCCCUCAUUCUUGCAGAGUGAUGUUAAUGUAGAUUUUGAGCUUGAAAGACUGAGAAUUGAACUCAGACAUAUUCAACAGAUGUACGAAGUUGCUCAGGAUGAAUCUACUGAUGCAUCUCAUGAAUUGAAAGAAUUAAAAGCACAGCAUGAGGAGAAAGCAGUAAGACUCAAUGAGAUAAAACUAAGAGAAGAGAAAGUCAGAGAAAUGGCCAGAGUAGAAAGAGAAAGACGAGAAGCAGCAGAAAGAGAGGCUCAAUAUGUGAGAGAAUGUGUCAAAAAGGAGUCUUUACAGAGGAAAGAUGCUGAGGACAGUGCUGCUCGUGAGUCUGCAGAUAAAAAAAGGCUCGAAAGGGCUGAGCAAUACAAGAAGUACACAUGGGAAGAGAUUGAAGCUGCCACUUUGUUGUUUUCAGAUGAUCUUAAGAUUGGAUCAGGGGCGAAUGGAACAGUUUAUAAGGCUAACUUUCAUCAUACUAUAGCAGCGGUGAAGAUUUUAACCUCGGACGAGGUUAGAGGAAUGAAGCAAUUCAAGCAAGAGCUUGAAAUCCUAGGAAGAAUACGACACCCACAUCUCCUCCUCCUUAUCGGUGCCUGUCCAGAUCAUGGUUGCUUAGUCUAUGAAUACAUGGAAAAUGGCAGCCUUGAAGAUAGACUCCAAUGCAAAAACAACACGAGUCCACUUCCAUGGUACUACCGCUACAGAAUCGCUUGGGAAAUCGCUUCAGCUCUCGUUUUUCUCCACAGCUCAAAACCUGAUCCUAUAGUCCACCGUGAUCUCAAACCUGCAAACAUCUUGCUCGAUAAAAAUUUCGUAAGCAAAAUUGGAGACGUGGGUCUCUCUACUAUAUUACCCGAUUUGAAUUUUUCCAAGUCCACAAUGUAUAAGGACACUGCGCCUGUUGGCACAUUCUUUUACAUUGAUCCUGAGUAUCAGAGGACAGGACAAGUAUCACCGAAAUCAGAUACAUACGCAUUAGGGGUGAUUAUUUUGCAGUUGAUUACUGGAAAGUCGCCAAUGGGACUUGCAUACAGAGUAGAAAUGGCAUUGGAAGUUGAUUCGUUGGUCGAUGUCUUGGAUUCAGGAGCUGGUAAAUGGCCGAUAGAAGAGACCAGAGAAUUGGCUGUUCUUGGACUAAAUUGUGUAGAAUUAAGGAGAAAGGAUCGGCCGGAGUUGAAGGAUAGUGUUCUUCCUAUACUUGAGAGAUUGAAAGAUUUUGCUGAUAAGGUGCAGAACUCGGUGGGGCAUAUGUCUCCUGGAAUCCCGGGACAUUUCAUCUGUCCGAUACUUCAGGAGGUGAUGGAAGAUCCUUGUGUUGCAUCAGAUGGGUACACAUAUGAGCGUCGAGCCAUCGAGAGAUGGUGCAGAAUGAAUGAUAAGUCUCCAUUGACAAAUAUGAAGUUGCCGAACACAAAUCUCAUAACUAAUCAGUCACUUCUUUCAGCAAUCAAAGAUUGGAAGGCCAGAACUCAAUGAUGCGCCGAUGAAAAAUUUUGUUGUUCUUUGUACAGAUACUUUCUUUGAUCUUUGAUUCUCUGAGGGGUUCUGUUUGGCAUUGAGGACAAGUUUUGCACAAAAGUUAGGUGUAAAAAAAAGAAGGUAUAGGUAACAUCGUCAGGCUACAAUGAGUUCAGUGGUUCACUCUCGAAUAUGUUUCUUGUAUUUUUGUCUUAUUAUUUAUUAUAUUUUCUCUG